AUGCUUGCAGAAUGGUAUGAUGUACUCAAAGCCGCUCGCUCUGUUCCAUUUCCCCGAGCUUCUCAAGCUCAUUCGCAGCCUGUUUCAGGCUUUGUUGUCACCUUCAGAAAUAUUGAAUUCUCAAAUCUAAAAAUUGGUGUUUAUUAUCGCAUUCACACUUAUUUCUACGACAAGCAUUCCAAAGUGUUUUUUGGAAGACCGUAUUAUGGAGAAUGGCAUCGAUGUGAACAGAAUAUUGUCGACGUGUCUGAUGUUAUAUUUUUCUAUGCUUCAAUAACCGAUGAGACAGUAGCUCUGGUUAUUGAGCUUGUUGAAUGUGAAAACCUAUGUGUUGAUGAACCAAACAUCAAUACAACUGCAUGGACGAUUCAAAAACGAUUUGACGUUCAAGUAAUCAAGCUUCUUAGCACUUUUAGGUUUCAAUUCUAUUAUGGAACACCAAAACAACUAAUUUUCUGCGAUACCAUCUUGGAUCUCAAAGAAAAUCUGCGUAAAACGACGGGAAUAAUUGAGCUUUCUCUACGAGCCGACAAGAAAAUGUUGGAUGUUGCAAACUUUCUGCCAGAGUUCUGCAUUGUUUCAGUUAGUGAGGCUAUUCCGGGUAUAAAAGUUACCUCAAUAGAUUCUUCAAGUACAUUUACGUUUAAAGAAGUCGAUGCUUUUGUUGGUACUCUUACAAAUAUUUCUUUAACCUUUGCUAUGAAUGCAGAACGAUUUGAAGAAGCUUUUAUACAGUUAACUAAUAAUGAUCGGCUUUAUCGCUUGAAUCAGUCUCCGAACAACCAAACUAUCAAAUCUUUACAAAUCCUCGAACGGAGGUUAAAGGUGCUUAUCAUAGGAAAUAUUACUUUUUGCAUUUUUUACUUGAACAAUACAAUUGGUCUACAUAAUGGGUAUACCUAUUUGGAGGAACCAGAAUAUAUGCAUCUGACAUACGCCGAUGAAGUUGGCCACAGGACACAAGUACUAAAGCGAAAAACUAGAUCAAGCUCUAAUUACAGUUUAGAUUCCAGGUUAGAAAAAGCGCGAUUUGUUAUACGAAAUGAUGUUACAUUGAAGCGUCUGUUUCGAGAUUCUCGACUUGCUAUUGUAUUUACGCUCGAGUAUCUAAUUGGAGUUCCUGAAGAUGAUGCGACGAUAUCGUCUUCACAACGAGCGAUGAUUUGUUGGGGUGCAUGGUGUCCAUUCGGUAACCAUUAUGAUCCCAACAAUGUCACUGUAUUUUUUAUUGGUGGUCCUCGUGUCAGUCCCAAUCAGAAUUUGUCGUUCAAAAAUCUCUGUAAUCUUCGGCAAGCUAAUUUUACCCAUAGUAUUUCUGAUGAUUAUGUUUCACAGAUUCAACUAAAUUUUACUUUUUCUAUAUCAAAUCAGGAAAAAACUUCUUCAGCAAAUACUGCUUAUUAUUCAAGUAAAAGUUAUCGUGAUAUUAACAGAUCUCUAGAAGAACCGAGAGAGAAUUUUAUGCGGUCAUCUUUGAAAGCUCCGUCAAUGCCAACUUUGACCAACGGUGGAGAACAAGGUCCGAGUGCAGUUUUACUAACGAAAACUUCAAAACCUUACCAACUGCGAAAUCCAUUAUUUAUAACUAAACCGCUAACUCGAGUGUCAAACGUAAGUCGCAAAAUUCAAGCUCGUUUAGCUGAAAAAUCGUUUACUGAAAUUGUGGACUGCAAUGGAAAUAAACCCGCAUAUGUUGCCGUAGAGACAGACAGGGAGUUGGAUCUAGACAUCGAAAAAUACGACCAGCUUUCGACAAAUGAAGUCGUACUGCAAUUUCAAGCUUUGGCACUGAAUCCGUCGGGGUCAUCGGUUCUUGUCUCUCCUAGUCGUGUCUACUUUAACGUGUACUUUUAUCGUUUCCAGCCAAUAACAACUGACAGAAUGCUUCUAAAGUUUGAUGAUGAAGAUGAUGGCGAUGUGAUAAUGAAAAAUGGCUAUCAUUUGGGGAUUUUGCAUCGGCUUGACGUCUACGAAAAUCUGAUUGACACGGAUGACUGUGGCUUAACGAUAAAAUUUACGGUGGAUCAAAGCUCUUUACGGGAUGGUGAAGAAGAUGACUUUAUACUUUACCUGUUAAACAAUGACCUGAUCAUAGAAGUAUGGGAUGCUGAUUCGCUGUUACUGUUUGGUUUAACGACAAUUCCGUUAAAAUUUUUACUGAGACAAAGUCGAGAAGCAGUGAUGACUAACAUACAGGCAAAGGUAAAUCACUCGGCGAUUCCAGGUUUUAUUCAACAAACGGCAAUACUGUUUCUGAGAACUGCAUGUAUCGGCUACUCAUCUAAUAAUCUUGGAGGACAUAGUAAAAGCAAAACAAGUGCCUUGGUUAGCCGACGUUUGAAGCGUCUUGGUCAAAACGAGUUGAAUUCCUACAGAAUUCGAGCCAAACCCUUGAAUCCCAUUCAUGACAGUGCUAUGCAACGUUUUAUGGCUCUUCAAAAGUUAGAUAUAAAACAGCGGUAUGAAGAAGUUUUUCGAAAUGAUAAUGUCUCAAAACUUUAUAGAAAUCGAGAAUUUCAAGAAAACAACGUGGUUGUCAAACCAUCGGUUAAAAAUCUUAUCUUUCGCGAAGAAUUGGAAGCUUACAAACAGAUGCGUAAUGAAACAAAACCAAAUAAGCUGCUAAAAGCUGUCUUCAAUUCAAUUACCACUGAACACAGAAUCUUUCCAGCUUAUGGACAAGUUGAGUAUUUCGAAUUUCUUCUACAAAAUACCAUAGCUGAGCCAAUUAAUGUGGUCGUUGAAAUUACUGAUCCAUCCUUGAAGCUGGUUCGCGACACAGAAAUGUGGUCAUUUCUGAAACGCGUCUGCAACAUCUAUUCUGCGGUUGAGAAAGAUCUACUUCACGUGACAAAGAAUGAAGACGAUUCUAUUUUUGUGCAUAUAUUCUUAAAUCCAAUGGAAUCUGUUUAUGUGCCAUUCGUUUACGACGGAUUCUUACUACCCGAAGAUCAAGUAAUAUUCAAAAAAUGGGAUGAUGGUGAACCGAUUGCUAUAUUGGAAGUGUAUGUUGAGAUGCGUAACCAUAUUCUGGGUCAAAUACAUCACUUUUAUGAAGAAGCGGAAGCAAAAGUUGUGAAGACAAUUGAAAUCAAAAGAAUCUCAAGAUAUAGUAUUUUAGAUGGUCGUGUAAUUCAAAGCCUUCGUUGCUCAGAUCCAAACGUACUGGUAGCGCUGCGGAAGGCGUCUGAUGGAACCCAAGCACUUCAUUUCUCUUGCCAUACGGGUCCGGCAGCAUCUACUCGAACAUUUACAGUACUCUUCUAUGGAGACAAAUAUAAAUUUCAACUUCUUUCUACAUGGAACAUUCAUAUACAUGCAGCGUAUCGGUUAAACGUCAACGCUAUACAAGCCCAAUUGAUUAAAAUACCACUUACUAUACAGUCAAAUCAACUUUUCCGACUAUUUUCAUCUACAACGCUUAUCGAUGUUACUGCAUCGCAGCAGCCGUUUAUGGGGACUAAACCAGAUUCUCAAACAACAACCGCUUUAUUUACUCCCAAUUUUUCUGGUGAGAGGGUUUUUAUGUUAUCGGCUGUUAGCGUUAGUUCUCGGCAACUUCUGGGACAAUGGUUGAUAUAUGCAUUUGUUAAACGGCCAAACAUUGUCAAAACAUUUGAAAUCUCGAUGUUAACAAAUACAGUGGAAAAAAAAAAGAUUAUGAUUGGUAACGAAUACGGUGUCACCAAAGAAUAUCGUAUCAUUUCUUCACAGCCACAAAUUUUACACGUAGAAAGUGAUUAUAUUAUCCUGAAAGCCAAAGAAUCUGUCUCAUUGUCGGUGACAUUUCUGCCAUAUAAGAAAGCUGAAGCUGUUGAGGUUUUACUCUUCGUCAUUAACGCUGACGAUGAACUGGAAGAAGAAACGUACCUUUUCAGUAUUUUGUACAUUACUGAAUAA